CUCUCCAUGUCAAAACAUGUCAGACUCAACAAAAAUCAUUCCAUUUUUAGAACGGAAUCGGAGGUUCUAAAUCCUCCUAGAGUACCUUUCGAGACUAAAACCAUAAACUGAUAUGAGCCUGUGAGAAAUAAAAGUGAAUACUGGUUUUUACUUCCAUGGUACAUUUCGCAGCAUAAAGACUUGAUACUUUUUGUACUCGGCAAUCUUCAUAGCACUGGAAUGGAGUCGCUCAAUCUUGCUCUGGAGGAUAUAAUCACGGAAUGUGGUGGCUUUGGCCGUUUCCAAUACAUCGUCAUCGGCGUCGCCUUUCUUGUGAAAGUGUCAUGUGCUUGGAGUGUCCUCAUGAUGCAAUUCGCCGGGGCGUCACCAGAAUGGUGGUGCAUGUGGAACACAAAUACGUCACAUGGCUACACCGGAAACGAGAGCUUACAGACACUUGAAGUAUGCAAGGCGCCCAAUAAUGAAUCUUUAUCUGGAAUGUGUCCCUCUUUUAGUUUUUCAUCUGGAAUAAAUACAAUCGUGAAUGAGUGGGAACUGGUCUGUGAUAAGGAUUGGGUAUCUUCUACAAUAACCACAAUACAGAUGGCCGGCAUGUUAGUCUCUGGUCUAUUGUCUGGGCACCUGUCGGAUACAUUUGGUAGAAAGCUGAAUUUCUUUCUGUCUCUGGCCUUCAUGAUGGUUGGGAAUUUCAUCGCUGCUGUUUCCGUGUCAUGGCAGAUGUUCGCUGUAGUGAGAUUUGUGAUCGGAUUCGGCGCUGGACAGUUCCUAGCUACUCUGUACAUAUAUAUGAUUGAGUUCAUACCUAAGAGACACCGAUCUAUGAUUGCAGCUCUACCCACCUUUCCAAUCUUCGCUGCUUUGUUGGCCCUAGUCUCAUAUCUACUAAAAGAUUGGAGACAUCUCCACUACCUAACAGCCGCCAUCACAUUACCAUCAUUCUUGGGACUAUUUGUAAUUCCUGAGAGUUUUCGAUGGCUAGCCUCACGCUUCAAAAUAAAGAAAGCAGAAAAAGUCGUCAGAAAGAUUGCAGACAUGAAUGGUCGUCCCUGUCCGGACAUGGACAGAAUAAGACUGGCACUGAGCACCAAAAACAGAUUGAAAGAAAGAAAGUAUUCCAUCAUUGAUAUAUUUAGAGAAAAAUAUCUGCUCAAAAGGACAUUAUUACUGUGGUUUUGCUGGAUAUCCUGCGGAUUUUCCUACUAUGGCCUCGCCUUCGGUGUUGGUCAGCUUUCUGGGAGUUUGUAUAUCAAUAUGUUCUUCCUGUCUGCAGUAGAGGUACCCGGAACCUUCAGCACUUGGUGUCUUACAAACCAAUUUGGUCGUCGAUGGACAGCUUUGGUUCUGCUUUUAUUAUCAGGAGUAGCCGGAGUAGCAACUGGAACAUUCCAGAACCUAGAUCCGGAGUCUUUGCCCCAUCAUGCUACGAUUGUUACUAUUCUGGCCAUUACUGCUAAACUAGCGAUUUCAGCUGCGUGGACUUCAGUCAUAACGAUCACAACAGAGUUGUAUCCCACUGUUAUAAGGAACAUAUCAUACGGAUUUUUCAGUGCUGUAUCAAGAGUUGGUGCGAUGGUGGCUCCACAAAUUAUUUUUCUUAGCAAGACGGUUCCUGGCCUGCUUUACUUUGUGAUUGGGGGAACUCUGCUACUGUCUGGGAUCUUUGUCUUCUUACUUCCGGAAACCAAAGGACGUGCUCUUGAAGACCAUGUAAAGGUUGAAGAUUCCGCUGAGCAAAUGAACCUUGUGGAAAACGAUUCCGAGAAAAAGACACAACUCACAGAAAGCUUUUAAUUUUGAAACUAAUUUUGGUGAAUCUCACAUGUGUUUUGUCCUAUUUUAGUGUGUAAGUGUAUAUUAAGUGUAGAAGUUUUUAAUUAAAUAUAUCAAAUUAUAUUAAAUCAGAAUCUAUGAAAUAAAUUG